AUGACUCAAAUUUUGGGGUUAAUUGCCAUUCUACUGGUUUCGCAAGCUAACGCUCGGCAUAUUCCCCAUGAACCCCCAUCCCACGAACGAGGACUUGGGCCGGAUGGGCAUCCAGACGACAAACUAAUCAUGGUCGAGGCUCUAUGGCGUCAUGGAGAUCGCUCUCCUCUAUUCAUCUACCCUACUAGUCUGAAUCAGGAGGCCGAUUGGCCUGCUCCGUUGGGAUUCUUAACCCCAUUGGGCGCCGAACAGCAGAACGCCUUGGGGAAAUGGAUAAGGAGGAGAUAUGUGGAGCACUUCAAGUUCCUGCCCGACAAAUUUGACGGGGAGAUUUUGAAGGUAAGUUGCAGAAAAGUGCCAAAAAAUCGCCACGUUUACUAUUCUCAUAUCGCAUUUACAGGUUCGAUCGACUGAAGUCAACCGAACCAUCAAGAGUGCCCAAGCCAACCUAUUCGGUAUGUAUGGAGAACCCACAGUCGAAUAUCCGAUCGACAUUGUUCCUCAUGACGACGAUUACGAAGCAUUGCCAACUCAAAGUUGUCAGAGACUCACAGACCUGAGAGCAUUGCUGCCGUUGACUCCGGAAUAUGGACUACUAGAGACUAGUCAUCAUGUAAGUUGUUAUAUUAGACUCAGAUUUGUGUGAAGCAAACCGCAUUCAAAACAUGGGGUUUCUAGAUGGAUUCUGUUGAAUAGAAGCUCAUUUUACCCUGAAAUCGCCACUGGGACCCUUGAAAGACAUCAAAAAGUCACCAGUGAGGAUGCCAGGUUAAAAUAAGCUUCCACGAAUCCUCUACCAUUGGAAUCUUUUUGCAACAUAACGUUUUCCUUAUGACCUCUUUCAGGAACUCUAUCACAAACUUCUUCACCUUACCGGCUAUCCCCAAAUGGACACCGCAAAAAUCCAAUCUGUCUGGGAUCCCAUGUAUCUCGAGCGACUGCAUCACCGCGAAAUCAAUCCCAAACUCGACGAACACUUUGAUGAAAUCGACAAAAUUUACAACGACUUCUCUAAAUUGACCUUCGGAUACGAUCUUGAUGUCCUCAACGACCUCGAUCUGAGUCUAGAACUCCGCCGAGUUUGGGGUGGAAAUCUUUUGGACCGGAUAAUCCGAGAAUUCCAAAAUCGAAUCGAAUGCGAAAGCAGUCCGAAUAGCGAAAAAUGUGGAGACAAAGUAAAGUACUAUGCGCAGUCGGCUCACGAAGUAACGCUCACCGGAUUGCUGUCUACCUUUGGUCUGGGAUUGAUGGACUACGAUCGGGAGGAGCCGCCCGAGUUGGCCGCAUCGAUUUUCAUGGAAUUGUGGCAAAAUGCGGAAGACGACUCAUUUUAUCUCAAAGUACGUGAAAGAGAGUAAAUGAUAGCUUAAAACUGGGCUAGAAGAAACGAGGAGGACCUGAGCCAACUAUAAAAGCGAUUGUGAAUAAGUUUUAGGGGGAUUUCCUCAGAAGAAACGCAACCUUAUAUUAUCCAUUACACCAAAAAUACUUUUCGCAGAAGAAGUCAAAAAUUCAAACAAUACUCCCAAAUAUCUUGAACAAAAGACAACCUAAAGCCAUGUAGAGCACAAUGAAAAGAUUUCAAGCUUUCCCGAUAUUAGUUUAAGCCUUCUCCAGCACAUAAAUUAAUAUCGAUCCAAUCUCUCAAAAUUACUAACCUAGCAAACUGAGCCGCCGCUAACUUUAUGUCAACCUUUACAGACAAUCUACCGUCGAAAUGCCACGCAGAUCUUGGACAUAACCCCCAAGAUCAGCCACUGCAAACUUCAGCCAAACCGAGGAUGCGAAUUCCACAGUUUCGUCGAUAGAUCGAGCGAUUUCCUCCCCGAAACGGACUCAAAAACGGUAAAUUUCACUCAGUCAACAUUACUUUUGACCGUCUACGGAAUUUCAAAGUAUAUUUUCAGCUAUGCAACACUCCCGUCACCGUUUAA